AGCCAUACAAAGAACUGACUUUUUUGGUGGGGGGAGUUGUAAUGCGGAAGUUUUCUGUUGUUUAAUGGAGUUUUACUGUUUUACAGUUACUGUAAAUGAAAUGGUGCAAUCUCAAUCAUCCAAUGAUCCAUUUUACUUUGCAGGUUGUGAGGAAACAGAACAUGAACAAUGCUAGGGGGUGAAUACGUUUGCAAGAAACUGUAAACAAAAACGACAUAAAUAAUAAUGCAAACUAAAAAAUAGUAAAAAGUAGUUAAAUCAAAUAAUUAAGUCUAAUAAAAUUACCUAAAUAUAUCUUUAUCAAAAUAAGCCUCUGUUUAGGCUGAAAUUAAAAUACUUUCUGAUGUGCAUAAUGUGUUUCAAUGUUUCCUGCAGAUGUUAAGCAGAAGCUGAUUGUUAAAGAAGAACCUUCUUUAGACCACAGACCUCUGCUGACCCUGCAUGACCCAACGCACCCCCACAUAAAGGAGGAGAAGAAGGGAGUCUACAUCAGUCUGCCAGGAGAGCAGCUCAAUGGGAAGGAGGUGACUAAUGCCAUCAGAUUUCCAGUCACUGCUCCUCCCAUAAAGAGUCUGGGUGAUGAACAGUCUCCGCUGCUUUCACAGCUUUAUCCAGACCAAAUUAAAGGCAAAGAGCUUCCAGAAGAGAAUGAUAGAGAAGAAUACAUCAGGAUACCAGAUCAUGGACAUGCUUCCAUUUCUUUAGAGACUGAAGAGGACAGUGAUGUAGAGCACUCUCUCUCUGACCUGAAACACUCUGGAUAUAAGAAAUGUUCUAUGGUAAACAAAAAUGUGGACACAAGAAGAAAAGUCCAGACAGGACUGAAGCAUAGCUGUGAAGACUGUGAUAAAAUACUGAUUGGAAAAUCAGCUUUAAACACACACAUGAGAAUCCACACAGGAGAGAAGCCUUUCUGCUGUGAACUAUGUGGACAAAGAUUUAGCCAUAAAUCAAAUUUAAACACACACAUGAGAAUCCACACAGGAGAGAAGCCUUUCAGCUGUGAUAUAUGUGGACAAAGAUUUAGCCAUAAAUCACAUUUAAACACACACAUGAGAAUCCACACAGGAGAGAAGCCUUUCUGCUGUGAACUAUGUGGACAAAGAUUUAGCCAAAAAUCACAUUUAAACACACACAUGAGAAUCCACACAGGAGAGAAGCCUUUCUGCUGUGAUCUAUGUGGACAUAGAUUUAGCCGAAAAUCACAUUUAAACACACACAUGAGAAUCCACACAGGAGAGAAAUCUUUCUGCUGUGAUCUAUGUGGACAUAGAUUUAGCCAUAAAUCAACUUUAAACACACACAUGAGAAUCCACACAGGAGAGAAAUCUUUCUGCUGUGAACUAUGUGGACAUAGAUUUAGCCAAAAAUCCAAUUUAAACACACACAUGAAAAUCCACACAGGAGAGAAAUCUUUCUGCUGUGAUCUAUGUGGACAAAGAUUUAGCCGAAAAUCAACUUUAAACACACACAUGAGAAUCCACACAGAAGAGAAGCCUUUCUGCUGUGAUCUAUGU